CCCGGAGUUGUCCUGAGGCGGCUCCGCCGGUUCCGCGCGCCGCUACUUGGGGCCGGAUCUGCGCCGGGACCGGCUCGUUCGACCCCCGGAGCGUCCCCAGAGCGUCCCCGCCGGGCCCGCAGUGACUAUGGAGCCCCGCGAGCUGUCCCUGGCCCUGCUGCAGCCACAGGUCACCGUGGUGGCCAUCCUGGGCGAGCUGCUGGCCACCCUGCCCAAGCAGGACGAGAUGAUGCUGCUCGUGUCCACAAGGUGCCUGUACAGGGAUCUGGAGAAAUUCACCAAGGAGCUCCGAGCCACCCUGUACCGCAUUGAUUACACCUGGAGGCGCUGCAAUGUCACCUCCGAUGAUGAUGAUGACCCUGGUACCUCCCUGAGUGAGGCCCUGGCUGCCUACGAGUACACCCCAUGGACCGCCUGGGAUAAUGUGGCAAGGGCUGCCAGCAAGUGGCAGGGGGCUGUGGAUGUGCUUGUGACCAGCUGGGUCCAGCUGGCCUGGGCAGCCACCAGGCUCUGCAACAUCUGCAGGAGGGCGGCCGACAUGGCCACCACUGCCACUGCCCGGGCCAGGGAGCUGCAGGACGAGGCUGCCCGUGAUGGGACAGCUCUGGAAAACAUGGUGGAGCUGGGUCAGGCCCUGGGUGGGGAGGAGGGGGCCGAGGUGGUGGCCAGGCAUGAAGCCCAGGUGAGGAUUGAUGCCAGGGUGACUGCCAGCGAGGCAAGAAGGGCCACCAUGGUGAAACAGUGGGUGGAUGUGGCCCUGGGGCUGCUGGAGCGCUUGGUGGCCGCGUGUGACGAAGCCACCACCUUCCCCCGGGAGCUGCAGCACAGGGUUGGGGACAUUGAGGCCACCCUGAAGGGGACAAAUGAGGUGUCUCCUGAUGUCCCCAACGACUUGGUGAACAAGGUGGCCGUGGCCAAGGACCUGUGGGAGGCCAACGCCCGGCUGGUCAUGCGUCACCUGCUGGGGCCACUUGACGACAUCAUGAAGUUCUAUUUCACUGGUGCUCCCACCAGCCCCAGUGUCUGUGAGGUGGCCGAGCGGUGCCAAAGAGCCAUCGAGGACAUCCCAAGACUCCUUCUAUUUCCAGAGUGUCCCCAGACCAUCCCCACCGAGUCCCCACUGUCCCCAGCACUGCUGCACCCCCAGGCCACUGUGGUGGCCAUCCUGGGUGAGCUGCUGGCCACCCUGCCCAGUCGGGACGAGAUGAUGCUGCUCAUGUCCGCAAGGUGCCUGUACAGGGGCCUGAAAGACUUCACCUGGGAGCUCUGGGACACCCUGUACUGCACUGGUGACACCUGGUGGCACUGCAGUGUCACCUUCAAUGAUGAUGACUCUACCACCUCUGAUAAUGAUGAUGACCCUGUCACCUCCCUGAGUGAGGCCCUGGCUGCCUAUGAGUACACCCCAUGGACCACCUGGGACAAUGUGACAAGGGUGGCCAGCAAGUGGCAGGGGGCUGUGGAUGUGCUUGUGGAUAGGUGGGCUGAGCUGGCCAAGAAAGCCACCGAGCACCACAACACCUGCAGGGAGAUGGUCACCACUGCCCGGGCCAGGGAGCUGCAGGCCGAGGCUGCCCGUUUUGAGACAGCUCUGGAAAACACAGUGGAACUGGGUCAGGCCCUGGGUGGGGAGGAGGGGGCUGAGGUGGUGGCUGGAUACAAAGCCCAGGUGAGGAGAGAUGCCAGCUUGGCUGCCAGCGAGGCAGCCAGGGCCACCAUGGUGAGACAGCGGCUGGAGGCAGCCCUGGGGCUGCUGGAGCGCUUGGUGGCCGCGUGUGACGAAGACACCGCCUUCCCCCAGGAGCUGCAGCACAGGAUUGGGGACAUUGAGGCCACCCUGAAGGGGGCAAAUGAGGCAUCCCCUGAUGUCCCUGAGGACCUGGAGGCCAAGGUGGCCGUGGCUGAGCGGUUGUGGGAGGCCAACACCUCCCUGGCCAAGGAUCACCUGCUUGGGACAGUUGACGACAUCAUGAAGUUCUAUUUCGAUGGUGCUCCCGCCAGCCCCAGUGCCUGUGAGGUGGCCGAGUGGUGCCAAAGAGCCAUCGAGGACAUCCCAAGGCUCCUUCGAACCCCGGAGUGUCCCCAGAGCAUCCCUGCUGGGUCCCCAGAGAGCAUGGAGCUCCAAGAGCCAUCCCUUUCCCAGCUGCUGGAGGCUCUGGUGUCUGUGGUGGCCACCCUGGGCAAGGUGGCGGCCACCGUGACCGGGCCACACCGGGGCGUGCGGCGCUGUGUGCCCCCGAAGUCCCUGCACGCGGCCCUGAGGAACUUCACCUGGAGCCUCCGUAAGACCCUGGACCACCCCGGUGUCACCUCCCUGGGCGACCCUGCUGUCACCUCCCUGGGCCAGGCCCUGGCCACCCUCAGGGCCACCCCUGGGGCCACCUGGGCCGAUGUGAGAGCCACAGCCAGCGCCUGGCGGGAGUUGGUGGCCGCGCAUGAGCAGAGAUGGGACCAGCUGAAAGAGGAGGCCACCAAGCUCCGUGAUGCCUGCGAGGAUGUGGCCCCUGCCCGGGCAGGGGACCUGCAGGACGAGGCCACCCACAGAGGGACAGCUGGGGACAGCCUGGUGGCCACAGCCCAGCAGCUGAUGGUGGCCCUGGACAGGGAGGAGGAGGCCUCGGUGGGGCCCACACGCAAUGCCCAGGUGUCAGUGGCCACCAACGAGGCCGUGGGAGAAGCUGUGGUGGCCACCAAGCAGGCAAGGGUGGCCAUCAGGAGGAGACAUUGGGCAGAGGUGGCCCUGGGGCCACUGCAGCGCUUGGUGGCCGCGUGUGACAGAGCCACUGAGUUUAUCAGUUACAUGGAGUGCCAGCUCAGGGACAUCGAGGCUGCCCGGAGGGGACAAAGGAAGCGUCCCCCAAUGUCCCCGAGGCCUUGGUGGCCAAAGUGGCUGAGGCUGAGCAGCUGUGGGAGGCCAGCGCCCGCCUGUUCAAGCAUCACCUGCUGGGGACACUUGGGGACAUCCACAGCCUUCUCUUGAGUGCCUAUGGUGGCCGUGGGGGCCCCGAUGGCCCCGGCAGCCGCACGGUGGCCGAGCGGUGCCAAAGAGCCAUCGAGGACAUCCCGAGGCUGCUUCAGGACAGUGACGUCACUGCUGUGACGUCAUCGCGGCAGUGACAUCAUCGGGGACAUCGCUGCAGUCACCUGUCCCCUCCCUGUGCGGUAUUUGAGACAAGUCUGGGGAAUUUUUGGGGAAUUUUCAUUGAAAUUGCCCCAAAUUCUGAUGGGAAUUCCUGGGGUGAUGUCACUGGGGACACUCUGGGGGCACUCAGGGACAUGCAGGGAUACUCAGGGACACUCAGGGACAGGGGACAGGGGUGAAUGAGUCCCCUGAGCAGCUUCCAGCUUUCCACUGUGCCUGCAGCAGAGCCAGGUCAUAAAUUGCAAUUUUACAAUUGGCUUUUGCAAUUCUGCAUUGCCUUUUGCACUUUUGUAUUGCCUUUUGCACUUUUGUAUUGCCUUUUGUACUUUUGUAUUGCCUUGGACACUUUGUUAUUGAUCACCCACAAUCUGAUAUGGUGUUUGAUACGGAUAUUGAUUAUCAGUGACUCCUUGUGGCUCCUGGUUGGUGCAAUAUAAUCUGUCUGUUCAUGUGUGCACCGUACAGCCAAUAAAUAAAAAACUUAAUAUUUAUUUUA